GAACCCGGAAGACGUGUGUUUGCUGUCAAUGCCAACGACAGAGAGGAGAUACUGAGAGCUAAAAUAAAAACCCCGCAUUUAAGACAAGAUGGCAGGACUGCCCCGCAGGAUCCUUAAGGAAACUCAGCGUUUGCUUGCAGAGCCUGUCCCAGGCAUCAAGGCAGAGCCAGACGAAGGAAAUGCCCGCUACUUCCAUGUGGUCAUUGCCGGACCUCAGGACUCACCUUUUGAGGGCGGCACGUUUAGACUUGAGCUCUUUUUACCAGAAGAAUAUCCCAUGGCAGCCCCUAAAGUACGCUUCAUGACCAAAAUAUAUCAUCCCAAUGUAGACAAGCUGGGAAGAAUAUGUCUAGACAUUUUGAAAGAUAAAUGGUCGCCAGCUCUGCAGAUCCGCACAGUGCUGCUAUCAAUCCAGGCGUUACUAAGCGCACCCAACCCUGAUGAUCCCCUAGCAAAUGAUGUUGCCGAGAAGUGGAAGACCAGUGAAGCUGAAGCCAUAGAAACAGCCAAGACAUGGACCAGGCUUUAUGCUGGAAACAAGAAUGAAGUGUAGAGCAGCCCAACAAGUGAAGAUACAAGUAAAAAUCAACUCCUCAUGUUCUGCCAAGACCUCUUCCUACUUCAUUUGCAUUUAAAGGACACAGUCUUAAAUAUAUAUACAUAUAUAUUAUAAAAUAAACAUGAAUAUAUUGUAAAGGAAAAAAAACACAACUGCUGACAAUUGGUGAUUUAAAUGCACACUAGUAACGAAA